AGUGACGUAUGAGGAACUCAAUCAAAACAUCGAAUGGUUGACGGUGUUUUUCCAAAUAUUUGCAAAUAGUUUGGUCGGUCCGGAAACGUUUUAAAUAAUUACAUCAAUUCUUAAUUUGAAUUAGAACAUCAUAACUAUUGCAAUUCCUUAUUCACUUCAGUUGCUUGUUGUUCGCACUGCAUAUUCGACUAGUUUUACUUUCGCAGUCGUUGUUUUUGAAGCUUUUAACGUGUUUAUUGACCGUAAGAUCGUGAAAAUAUCAACUCUUGUGUGACUCUUCGGUUGUUCUUCAGUUUCCUCCUGUUUGACCUCAAGUGAAGGGCAUGUGAAGUGACGGAGAUCUCCUGCAUAGUCAAAAUGCUGCUGGUGUUUGAGGUGAUAUUCUUGCUGAGUGUCGGGCCCCUGUUAGUGCUGAGCGUCCCCCCAAUAUGGACCCAGCCGGAGCAAGUGCACCUCUCCUACCCAGGAGUUCCUGGGUCCAUCAUGGUGACCUGGACCACCUUCAAUAUGUCCGACACCACAGUGGAGUACGGUCUGCUGGGGAGUCGAGUGUUUGAGUUCACCGCCUCAGGAAACGUCUCUCUGUUCGUGGACUCUGGAAGCGAGAAGAGGAAGCUAUACAUCCACCGAGUGAUGAUCGUGGACCUCAAACCUGCUGCCACCUACGUCUACCACUGUGGAGGAGAGCAGGGCUGGAGUGAAGUCUUCUCCUUCAAUGCUCUGAAUGACAGCGCCACCUUCAGUCCCAGGUUCGCGCUGUACGGAGAUUUGGGUAAUGAGAACCCCCAGUCUCUUGCUCGGCUGCAGAAGGAGUCACAGCUUGGAAUGUAUGAUGUCAUCCUGCACAUUGGUGACUUUGCAUACGACAUGCAUGAGGAUAACGGCAGGAUUGGAGACCAGUUUAUGAGGCAGAUCCAGUCCAUCGCAGCCUACGUGCCCUACAUGACCUGCCCCGGCAACCAUGAGAGCGCCUAUAACUUCUCCAACUACAGAAAUCGCUUCAGCAUGCCCGGCAACACUGAGAGCCUGUGGUACAGCUGGAACCUGGGGUCGGCCCACAUCAUCUCCCUCUCCACAGAGGUUUACUUCUAUCUGGAGUACGGCGUGGAGCUUCUCUUCCAGCAGUACGAGUGGCUGAGGAGAGACCUGGAGGAAGCCAACAAGCCGGAGAACAGAGCCCAGCGUCCGUGGAUCAUCACCAUGGGACACCGACCCAUGUACUGCUCCGAUGACGACCACGACGACUGCACCACGUUUGACUCGUUCGUCCGACGGGGUCGCAACGACACCAAGCCGCCCGCCCCGGGUCUGGAGGACCUCUUCUACCUCCACGGCGUGGACCUGGAGCUGUGGGCGCACGAGCACACGUACGAGCGGCUCUGGCCCGUCUACGGCGACAAGGUGCAGAACGGGAGCAGGGAGCAGCCGUACGUGAACCCCAAAGCUCCGGUUCAUAUCAUCACUGGAUCGGCUGGCUGCAGGGAACGAACCGACAGGUUCAAUCCAAACCCUAAAGACUGGAGCGCCUUCCGCAGCACCGACUACGGCUACACGCGCAUGCAGGUGGCCAACGCCACCCAUCUGUACCUGGAGCAGGUCUCCGACGAUCAGGACGGAAAAGUGAUCGACAGCAUUUGGGUGGUGAAGGAGAAGCACGGGUUCUCCGCCUGGUUCUGAAGCUGAGCGACGCACCUGAAGCGGCUUUAAUCUUUGAAGAAAUGAUCAUAAUAUUUUAAUAAAAAACAGUUUGAUUUGAAUCCGUUUCCAGAAGC